AUGUCCGAUACGCAGUCUUUCCCGCGACUGCGGCACAUUGCGCAGCCCUCGUUCCGGUCACUGCCAAAUACGCCGCGCAUCACGCAGGCGCACCGGCACUCGAUCCCAGGCGCGCCCGCAUACUGGUCGCGCCGACGCAGCGACCGGCGGCAGUACGCUGAGCUGCUGCUGAUGCCGCGCAACCAGUCGCCGGGCACCCAUAUGGCGAGCUACGUGUCGGACCUGUAUGCGGUGCCGUCCAGCGACAGGACGAAAAAGUGCCUAAAGACAAAGCGCAACGACAUCCGUGCGAUUGCAAAGGACGUCGGGUGGUCGAUUGGCGCGGCAGGCACGGCCCGCACGGUGCUGCUGUCGCCGCUCGCGAGCAUUCUGCGCACGACCAACCUGGAUGAAGACGAUGUGAUUGACGAGUACUUGAGGAUGGACGGCCGGAUGACUACGGGCGACUUGCGGGUGCUUGAUUUCGAGCGGAUCCGGCAAGCUGUGGUGCUCAGGCAGACGCUGCGGCUGCUAGUGCGGCUGCAGCACGAGUUCCCGAACUCGAAUGUGCGUGAGAACGCACAGGCGCUGGUCUCGAUGCUGAACGGCAAAAAGUACCGCCGGCGGAUCCCGAUGCCGCGGCCACUGCGUGCUGGCCCGUCGUUCUUUUAUGCGGCCGGAGAAGUCGAAGAGCAGGGCGGCGCCGACGACUACGACUCGUUUGAUGACGACUCGGACUAUGAAGGCAGCAUGCCAAAGUCGGUUGCCAUCAGCAGCAUGCUGGCAAGCACGCAUGGCUCAGAGCAGCACCCGUGGACCGGCGAUGCCUUGCGCGCGCUCUCGUUGGAGACCAGUCCUGGCGCACAUGCCGACCGAUACUGGAUGAACCAGCUGAUCCAGCACUCGUGCGAGCAAUGGAACUACUCGAUCCCACAUGUAGUCCAGCUGCUGGCGCCGUUGCCGGAGUGCGGUGUCGCUCUUUUAGAAACAAUCAACCAUGUCUUUGACAAGCAGCAUUCGGUGCUGAGCGAGGGCGAAGCAUACUACCUGUUUGCUGCAGGUGCUGCGCAGGUCGGCUGCUACCCACUGGUGACGACUAUCGAGAACAAGAUUGUGUCAACAUUUGUCACCGAUCACUGCGACGACGACGACACAAUGCGGUUCGAUGGCAGCAACAUGCCAGGCACGCCACGCACUCGCCACAACUUUGAGCAUUGGAUUUCAGGAGGCCUGCAGGCUGCCAGCUACAACGUGCAGCUUCUGGCGCAGUUUGGCGAGCGCAUGGCAAAGCGGCCCAUGGAUCUGGGCGCCAACGACGUCCGGCAGUUUGUCAGCGGCUACGUCGAUGCCUUUUAUGACCAUUAUGCGGUGCCCGGUCGGGCGCGCGGCGGCAGCGGCGACCACCUGCCGAGUGCGACGCGGUCGACGGGCCAGCGCAGCUUUUCGACAUCCGUUGUGACGGGCGGGUUUCCGAUAUCGCCGGCUGGCGGCGACCUGCCGCGCAAGUCGGUCGAAGAGCAGGCUAUCCGCGACCUAAUGCAUGCAAUCGUAGCGCUGGCUGUGGCACACGGACUGGGGUCGUUUGCAUCGGCCUGCGGAAUCACGCCGGACCUGGACACACCUGCUGGCACGCAUUUCGGCGCGUUGGCAGGACUUGUCCCCGAAGAGCCGCUGCCGGGCGUGACACCGCAGUCGACUGCACUCGGAUUUGCUGCCAAUGGGGACAUGCCGGUUGAGAUUGAGGAACCUCAGCUACCGGCAGGUCUGGUAAUGCAGGCCGAGCGCAACACGCACGAGUUCAUCGACAGGCUGAGCCAGCCGUCUGCGCGGCAAUUCGGACAGGCAAGUACUGAUCAGAUAAACGGGCAAGCACUGCUUCCACCAUCGCUGUCGCCGCCUCUAUCCACAGAAUCGAUGAUGCGGCGAAUCUCCGGACCAGACUCGAAGCACAUGUCGUAUAUACAGAAGCUUGACUACAUUGACCCACUGCUUCGCUCCGAGUCGCAGUUUGCCGCAUUCCGCCAAAUGCGCGACAAGAAGCUGGCCAAGUACUGCCUGGCAGUUGAAGACGAGGUGCCGAUCCGCCGCCAGUCGUCUGAGCCCUUGCAGCUGUCACAUCGGCAUGAGCUGCGGUGGGAUACGCUCAGCGACGCUUUGCGCCAGCGCCUGGACAUGCAGCUUGAUAUUCUUGGCGACGAGACGCAGAAGGCACGCAGUAUCACUGGCCGUGCGCUCACGGAGUCGCUGACGAGCGCUGCGCCGGUGCAGGAUACGCCUGGGAUCUUCACUGUGGACGAGAAGCGGUCGGCGUUCCACCACAGCAACUCGUUCGAUUCCGAGGGCGGCUCGAUCGAGGAUGUCGUGGGCAUGAGCCCGCGCGACUACAGCCAGGCCAGUGCACUGCCUGUGUACACCGAAAACGGCAACUCUGAGCGCCUCCAGCGAAACUGCCAUAUCGAUGCGCGCCGGUUCCAUGACGCCAUCUGGCACUUCACUCUCGGCCAGUUCAAUAUCUACGAGGAGCUGUACUACUACCGCAAGUACUGCAAUGAUGCCGAGUGCAAGCCCGCCACGCCGCUACAGCUGUCCUUCCCCAGACGCAGCAGUUCCCAUGGGCUGACCGCUGUCGAGAUGGUCAUGGAUGUGGACCUGGACGCCGAUCGCUAUACUGGCGGGCAGACGCAGCAGUACAGCCAUUGGAUCAAGGACGAGCUCAAGGCACACAUUCGCGCUGUUCUGUGGAACCCGUCGGGCAUCUCUGCGCUGAGUGCCCAGCCGCCAGUGGCGACAGCGCUGAACCUGAGCGCCGAGGAGAUGGUGCGCAUCAACCUCAUAAUCUCGCUGGCGCGGCGGCAGGCUGAGAUCAUCCACGCGAUGCGUGCCAUCUACGAGUACGAGUCUCCGCCCAGGAGCUGA